CGCAUGUCAAUCCCGAUGCAUUAACAUAAAGUGUUGCGACGCCAUUUUGACUAGUUCAAAAAGAAAGAUGAUGCGACCAGGAAACUUUGCGAGACCUUCGAGUAACUUUCGGGGCCAAGGUAACUUUAACAGGAAUCAAGGAAAUUUCAAUAGAAAUCAAGGACAGGCUGGGGGUACUUAUGGAAGAUAUCCAAAUCAACAGAGCGGUGGAUUUCAAGGUCAGGGAAAUAAUUACGCUGGACGCCAGCAGAAUCAAGGGAAAAGCCCUGGCAAGUAUGAACCACCGAAGAAAACCCCCACGCCAACCAAGCCAACUAAACCUGAUGAGGUUAAGACCGGGAAACCUGAACAAAAGCAGGAACUCAAAACUCAGAUGCCUCCACCAGCCCAAUCCCCGAAGAAAGAAGCCACGACGACCCCAACUGCUCAAAAGGUAACUCCUAAAAUUACCACACCAGUCAAGAAAGACGAACCAGCUAAACCGACAGGCAACGGCACCUCGACUCCUAAAGGUGAUGCUUCUACCGAACAGAAACGACAUCAGUCGCCGAAAUCACAGCAGGCGAAGCCACAAGACCAACAGAAUAAGCCGCCGAACUUCCAGAAUCAGAAACAAGACAGACCACAGAAUAGCUUCCAGAAUCAGAAACAAGACAGACCACAGAAUACUUACCAGAAACAGGAUAGACAGAAUAGCUUUCAGAGACAAGAUAGACAGGGUGGCUUCCAAAAGCAGAAGCAGUACAAUAAACAAAAUCGUGAAAGGGAUUCAAGUUAUUCAAGAGAUCAGCAGUAUCAGUUCACUGAACAGGGCCCGAAAGAAGAAAAGAAGUUCACGGGUAGAUGUCGUCUUUUUGUUGGCAAUUUAACUCCAGAUGUCACAGAAGAGGAUUUCAAGAAGAUGUUUGAACAGCAUGGAGAGGUCUCCGAGGCAUAUGUCAACUCGGGAAGAGGAUUUGGCUUCAUUCGUAUGGACUAUCGCCAUAAUGCAGAAGCAGCAAAAGCAGCCCUAGAUGGCUUGCAGAAGAAAGGAAGAACCUUGAGGGUGAGGUUUGCCACACAUGGUGCUGCACUGAAAAUCAAGAACAUACAUGGUUAUGCAUCCAAUGAACUGCUUGAAAAUGCAUUUCAACAGUUUGGAGACCUUGAAAGGGCCAUUGUGAUUGUAGAUGACCGUGGAAAGCCAACAGGAGAUGGAAUUGUUGAAUUUGUCCGUAAGCCAGGAGCACAACAGGCACUGCGAAGAAUCAAUGAUGGAAUCUUCCUUUUGGGAUCAUCACCCAGACCUUUGUCUGUGGAGCCGCUUGAGCAGACGGAUGAGGACGACGGCAUGCCUGAAAAAUUCUUGAACAAGAAUGAAGGUUACAAGAAGGAACGAGAAAAGGAACCUCGUUUUGCUAUGCCUGGUUCGUUUGAGUGCGAGUUUGCACAGAGGUGGCGUCAGAUUGACGAAAUGGAGAAGGAGAGAAUAGAAAGAGUGAAGAAAGAAAUGGAGGAUGCCAGGCUAAGAUUGGAUGAUGAAAUGCAGGGAGCUCUCAUUGAGUACCAGGCUGAGCAGAUCAGAAAAGAUCUAAUGCGUCAACAAGAAGAAUUGAGAAGGCUGGAGGAGAUGAGACAACAGGAUCAGAUGCGCCGCAGGCAAGAUAUGGAAAUGAGACAACGUGAGGAAGAACGUAUGAGAGUAGAGGAAGACCGACGUCUUCAAGAGAUGAUGAUGAACAGACAUGGUGGUCCUAUGGAUCAAGGUGGACCCAGAGGUCGCGAUGAAAUGAUGGGUGGAAUGCGUGAUGGUCCAAGAGGAAUGAAAGAUGGAGCACCACCACUGCCCCCACCACCAGCCCCUCCUGCAGGCAUGGGAUUAGAUAGAUCAGGACGUCCUAGUCAGAUGUCAAGCAGCUUUGGAGGAUCCAGCAUGGGCAGCGGAAUAGGCAGUAGCGGUCAAAUGGGUGGGAGUGGAAGCCAAGGAGGAAGCAUUGGCGGAAUGGGAGGCAGCAUGCGUCAAUCACGCUUUGACCAACAAGGAGGGAGCUUUGAGGGAGGGUUCCAGUCGGGGGGAGGGAUGGGUGGUCCCAUGGGGGGUAGCAUGAGUAGCGGCCAAGGAAACAUGUUUGGCAGUCAAGGCAUGGGUGGCUCCAACAACAUGGGUGGAGGUAAUGGAGGCCCUGGAAUGAGAGGCGAACGCAUGGACCGACGACGAGAAGGCGGACCCAGAGAGGAAUAUGGAGACUUGAAGAGAAGGAGAUACUGAGCUUUCUUGAAAAACACAACUGUUUCCAUCUUUUUUCACUGACUUGUGAGACAAGAAGAAUGUGCUAUGCCCUGUUUGGGCUUGUUGACUUGCGACAUAAAUAAUUCCAUAUUCUUAAUCAUGAACAUUUUUUAAAUACAGUGGCUUGAAGGCUGAAGACGACAUUGUAUAUGUUCCAAGUCCAAGUGCGAUUUUAGGAUGUCAGUAUUUGUUUUCAAUCGUAUCAAUCAUGUUUUGAGCAUCACUUGUCGAAAAAAAACAGCUGACAUUACAAUGUCCUGGAGGACAUCACGAGAGAGUUCAUGCCUAUUUCAUAAGGCCUGUUUAUUUGAACUAUGAACUAUUUACAUGAGUAUUUUAUGUUGCUUCUUGUGAUUAAUUCACACUUAUCGCUCUGUCAUUGGUUUUAAGAUUAAGGUACUUGUUUUCAUUAUAUCAAAGUCAUGCAUGUUUCUUUAGAUCACUUUAACUGUUUACAUAUGUGAAAAAACAUUGGUAAUCUUAAUCGUUAUUAUUGAAGAGUUGUUGUGUAUGUGGUAGUCCUUGUAAUAAAAGUUGUCCUUAACAUGAAAAUAUUUUCUUAUGAAUUGGUGAUUUAAAAUAGUGACGAAAGUAUCCUCUAAAAUCUUAACCCUAGGCAUGUUAAUUUAUUGCAAAGACUGAAUAUAACUUGCCUGAAGAUUGUCAUUUGGGAAAACAGACACAAAGAAAAUUAUUAAGUUUGAAAAGUAUUACCAUUAAUUUCACCAAGGGUGCAUUUUACCCAUAAUUAUCUGAUCUUAUCAUAAUUCAACUGAAUUUGAUCAUGAAGAAAUAGGGAAAGAUAUACAUUAUGGAUGUGCUACCAAAGCGUGGAGAUAGUAGACUUCAUUACGACCCAUGACUCGUGAUCAGGCAGCAUUGGAACAUAAUGGCUUGUGAAACAUCAUUGUAGGUAAAAAGAAAUAUAUUAGGUAACUGUCAACUUGGAUCAACUGAUAUAUGGUUAAGUGAACCAGAAAUAGUUUUCAUUGUGCUAAUGCAGAACUGAAGAGAGAAAACAUCAGUUGCAGCUAUUUGGAACAGUUUUGCCUUAUGCAUGCAGCUGGGCUUGAUUCCUUACAUGGUCACAAUAUCUGUGAAGCAUAUCUGUAUGGUGUCCCUUGUGACAUGAUCAGCUAGUUAAGUGAAAACUUCUUGUGAAGCCUGAUCAAUUCCAUUGAGGGAGAAAAGCUUGUUGGAUAAACAAGUUUCUUGAUGGAUUCGUUCUGUUCAAGAUGUGAUACUUGUACUUAUCACAAUGGAGUGAUGGGUUGAUUAGUAGUUAAAUUACUCACUUGCUACACAGAACCGGGUUUUAUUCGCUCAUGGGUACAAUGUGUGAUGGCCAAGAGGCCUGUGGUGGGUAGAUGUUGAUAAAAUACACACACAGGUUCUUCAUAUAGACUUGUAUUCAAUAUCCAUCAGCCAACACAACACACCUCCUGCACUCACACCUGUUGUCACUCAACUACCUGCCUAGAGCAAACGAAGAUGGCCAUCGUAAUGUCAUUCCCAAAUCAUAGAGGGCAGUCUCGUAUUCGAGGGAAAGUUUCGUAUCCACACAUUAACAGAUGUCGUGCCGGGGCACAUAGUUUCAAAUUUGUGUGGGUCCUUAUGGCCUGCAGUAAAUUUGCUUCUUGGUUUAUUUUGCCACAAUAAGGUGCAUUUUUAAGAGGGACUGGGGAUUUUAGUCAGGGCCUUUCAAAUAUAAGUUGUGUAGGCCAGUAAUUUCAAAAUCACUUUUAGUGAUUCUUGGAAAUGUGUGGUAUAAUGUGGAUCAAAACAUCCAUAUUUAUCAUUCUGUUAGGGCUGUACCAAAGAAGUUGACCAACUUUAACAUCUCGACUUCAUAUGAAACACAACUAAAGUGAACACACUAACACUGAAAUGUUUUUGUGGCACUAUAAAUGCUUUAUUGGGGUACAAAGUUUCUAUGCUGAUCAAUUUGUGAAUGUUUGAGGUGUAGACAUUUUAUCAAAUAAGUGAAGGGACAUUCCUUUGUGAAAGUCAAGUGAUAAGUUUCAAGGGGUCAUUUCCUUUCGCUGCCUUAAAAUGCUAUGACCUGUUAUAGAUUUUUGGCCUUCGGUGAAAAACCCCCGAGCCCUUGAGUAGCUAAUGCAGAAGAACCAACUCUAAACCCUGCAUGGGCAUGUGUUGGAUCCAUACUUGGUGCAUGCUGUCAUUUGACAGCUGAAAUUUCGAACAAAAAAAAUCAAAUGCUUGAUCUUUGUAAUCCUUGUCCAAUUGCACGUGCACACUGACAGCCUUAGAAAUUAAUGCAUGUACAAGAUUACUAAAUAUUGCUGCAGACUUUUAAAUAACUACUGACAGCUAGGCUUUGAUUUAAUCAAAGCUAUAGCAAAUAUGGCAAUUCAGGGACUCUUAAUUUGACAAUUAGAUAAAUGAGAUAUUAAUUAUAUUUCAACAAUUUAUUGAUUCUGGGUGAACGAUUUUUGGUUUGACAUAUUUCUCUCCAUAUUGGUGGAAACAUUUCUCAUUUCAAAGGCUGUCUGGCUUCUGAGAAUUUUGGAAAUCAAAGCUUCAUUGGGGACCUUUGUAUAUCCCAGAAUGCAGAUAUAUCCAUCUUGUUCUCACAUAGAUAACAUUAACAAUUGAAAUAAAAAUUACUGUACUUAGUACUACUUACUACUAUAGGUCACAAUUGAACAUUAUUCAUCAUGAAGAAAAUUGAGCAAGAUCUUCAGUAGUAUAAACGGAAAUGAUUGAGAAUACCCUCGCGAUCUACAGUCUUGAUUCUUGAUGCCUGUUGGUGAUGCAACUGUAACAGAUAUGUUACGUUAGAAAUAUAACUUAGUUGGUAAGUAUUGUUGGUAAGUAAAUGUGUUGUUUGUGACUAGUGGAAGAAAGAUGCGAGUGACAGAUGCUGUGGUGACAUAACAGUAAUUGACUGCAGGUUGAGAGCCUUUGUAGGGGUUUAGCCCAGAAACAAAAGUUGGAGUAACGCAUUUACCCUUAACAAUGGCCAUCUGUCUGGUGACCUAACACAUGGCAGAUGUCAUAACACGGAAUCUAUGAUGCAUUGUUUGUGACUUGUAAUCUGCAAAGUGGAAAAGGUGAUUAAGAUUACAAUCUGCUUGUUUCAUUGUGUAUGUGUUUGGUUAAUUACAAUCACAUGCAUGGCUUAAGCUAAUUGGUAGAUUGACAGGUCCAUCCAGUUUGGCGACAUAUUUGAUUUAUUAUUCGAUAUUCUACAAAAUGUCAAAUUGUUAGAAAUAUCCAGGCUUGACUUAAGUACAUAGUCUUAUAGAAACAGACCGAACAGACUGGCCAGCAUGGAGUAACAAGUUGUUCUGACAAAGAGCAAUAUUUCAUCAUGUCUAAACACAUGAAGUAUUUCUGUUGAACACAAGUUAUAAUUGGCAUCAUUUCCAGACUGAUGUAUCAAUCACAGUUGGUUACUUUUUGAUGAAAAUUUCAAGUGUUGGAAAUGUUGACUGGACGACAGGCCAAUGAUUUCAUGUGAUCUUAACAAAGUAUUCCGACAGUAAGUUUGUUCUUUGACAUUCAUUAAAUGUAUGAACAAAAAGAAAUCGCUUGAUUGUUUGAAGGUGCCACCUCUUGGCUUACAGUGCAUCCUGCACUUAUUCAUGAUAUAUUGCCCUCACUUUUGAGUUUGCGAAAAUAGAAUUCUCAUUAGUAAUUUGACUAAAAUUUGUUUUUUUUUCCAUGGGUCAAUUUCCUGUUUUGCAAAAUUGAUUCCCGGAAUCUUGUACACUUUAUUUCUAUGUUCCUGAUGUUUUUAAAUUUAUUGAUAAUCUGUUGAAACCCUUAAACCAUUUGUAUUCCUUAUAACUGGUAUGAGAUUUUUCUCUCGUUAAAGGAAAACAAUGAGACAAUCGUGUGUUUUCAAACAGCUAUCCUUAAUUCGAAUUGUGAUGCUUUGUAACAAGAAAUUAAUGACAAAGUUGUCAGUGUGAUGUGGAAUCUUCUCAUUGAAUAACAUAAAGGUGAAAUGUUUUUGCAAUAUCUGCCCACAUUCACUGUUCCAUAAAAGUGCCACUUGUCUACAACAGUAUCAAUUACAUGUAUUAAGUGUCUCAAUUUUGAACAACCUACAUCGUGGCAUGUGCCUUUUAUCAUAUAAUGAAGAGAUGGUCGCCAAAUAUCACCUGGAGAGGUUAAGCGUGAUGGCAAUUUCCAUCAUGAGUAACUAGAAACCAGUAGAUUGCAGUACAUGUAUGUAAAAGUAGAUCGGAUACACACAUCUUUUCAGGUGGUUUGACUCAUUUUCUGUUUGAAAACACAUGUCACAUGCACAUAUUUCAAGUUCAAAUGUGAAUUUUAGAUGAAGUAAUGUGCCUUUGACUUGUCCUGUGCCUGCUGGAGUGUCAAGUGUGAGAGAGGACCAACUACAGUUCACACUGAAAAGUUUAAUCUUUUUUAUGCUCCCAAGAUUUUCAUACAGGUUGAUGAAUAAGGAUUUCCUUGAACUUGCUGUACCGAUUUACAGAACAAGCCGUGCAUGCGAGUAUCCAAACCUCGCUAUGUCAUCUACAGCCUAACACAGGUCAUCAGUUUGACUGCUGGAAUGGUAUGAGUAACAUCACUUGAAAGUGAUGAUUUAGUGCAACAAUGCUGCCACAUGUUUCUGUUACUAAAGAGUUUGAUCAAUUUUGUCAUUGCUAACUUUGCUAUAUAGUAAGAAAACCCUUUCUGCUCCUAUAUUAGAUAUGCCCAUUUCUGCAUGGUGAAAUAACCUAUCGGGAAGAUGUUGUAUGCGUAAAUGAAUUUCACAUUAUGAAUACCAUUGUUCAUAACUGUUUGAAAGGCCCUUUCACAGGUCUUUAACAACUAUAAUCACAUUCUGUUGACUUCAUGUAUGAAUGAUCAGCAAGAAUAAUUAUGAAUUUGUCUAUGCAUAUGCCAUAUGAUAUCGAGCUAAGUGUCACAUGUUGAUGCCAUUACAUAUACGAGUGAUAAUCAGUUUUACAAACUGAAAGAUGAAACAUAUCGGUUAAUUUUAAGAGGCUGUCAAAUACAUCUUUGUAAGUUACUGCUUAAUGGUUUCUUGGUGGGGUAAUCUUCAUUGAUUGUGUUGAGUUAUUUUAUGGCAUGGUCUAAAUUAAUUUUCCUCGAGGUAUUCAUGCAUUUGUGAACCUUGUGGGAAUAUCAAUAUUCCUUUCAAAACUGGAAACUAUGGAGGGCACGACAUGCCAAUGAGGAAGACACUUCAAAUGGAUUGAGGGCAGAUUUUCAUAAAGGAACAGUCAAAUGUUGGAGUGGGAUAAUUUAGACUAACAAACCUUGUGGUACUCUUUAAAUGGUCAACAGAUCUGAUAUAGAACCUUUUCCAUGGUCAUCACUACAUUACAGCUCUCACUGUAUGGAGAUACAAGGCGUAUUCUCUGGUACAUUCACUUUUCAUCCACAGUACUAAUGACUCCAAAAUUCAUCAAGUGAUCUUAUGAAAUAUUUUGUUAGACCCUAGCUUGCGUCUACUAUACUGCAUUGCUGUACUUGUAAUAGUGACCGAGUGCGACAGAGAAGUUAGGCAAUCUACUACAUCAUUAUUCUAGGAUGCAGAUUAAGAUCUAAACAAGGUAUGUAUCAAAUCUUCCAUGAUAUUAUGUUUAUAGCUAUAUAAGCUUUCUACAUUUCAGAUACAUGAAUCCAUCCACAGAAAUCUGAUGCUUAUUACUUUGUGGUGUAGGGAAGACCUGUAAGAUACGGUGUUGCAUGUGUUGCUUGUGUGAUAAGGGCUGUCGAUGUAUCGAAGAUGUCAACAGUUACCCUUUGAAGUGAAUGGGAUGGGACAAUCUGCUGUUAAACAUGUUUCAAUUACAAUUUGGGAAUUGGGGAUACAGAAUGCGUGUAGCACCAAGGUUAAAUGAAGAAUUGGGCUGGUCAGUGCAACUCAUAAGACCCCAAGGGUCGUAUGAGUGUUUGAAGUGUUGUCCAUUAUAUAAGUUUGUAUGAGCAAUAAGAAUCACUUUGGAUGUCUCGUAAUGGGUAGUGCAUAACAUAUUCAAAUUUGGGAGCUGUUGGGGUAUAUGUCAAGGAAUAUAACUGAUUGGGUAUUUCUGUGGUAUGAUAGUUCAUGCUUGCCCAGUUUCCUUGUGAAAUGCUUAGAAGAUGGGUGUGAUGGCAUCAUUUCAUUGGAUGUAGGACCCUUAAAAAAGGAUAUAUCCUUAUUUUGACUGGUAAUUUAUCAUCAGAGGGAAGUUGUGGAAAUAGGUCCGCAAGACACAUUACCCAGAGAUGCCAACCAUUACGAUUUGGAGUCUAGUUUAAAUUGUUAUGCUUGUUCUUCCACAAAUUACAAUUUUUGUCAUUAAUUAAACAUGCAUAAAAAAUAUGGAGAUCAAAUUGUUCAUGCCUCUGUGACAUGAGGCCUUCUACAGCGAGACUAUGCUGGCUAAUGAUAGCCAUGCUUUCAAUUCACAUACUGUUAAAAUAUCCAUGGUACUAGUAUCUGGUUAUGUUAACACUGUUUAUUUAAUCAAUCGAUCUUUGUGAGUACUGACAGCUGAAUGUACCCUUGAAACACCAUCACUUGCUUGAUAACGGUGUUCGAACCUAUGCUGAAACUUCACUCCUAAUUGUAAUAAAGGAGUUGUUCAUCCAUAUAUCUUGCCCUUACUUAAUUGAAACACCACAUUGUCUCUGAAAGACAUUCAGGGUCAUGUGUGGAGCUUUCACCAGGUGUUUCACACACAGCUAGGCCUAACAAAAUGUCCAAGCGAAAACCUGCAACAUGGUUCUAUCAUCAGUGGUUCUAAAGAAAUACGCUUUUUAACCAAAGAAUACUCCAAAGCUUUAAUUUGGGUUGGCAUCUCUGCAUUACUGAAUAAGCCAUGUGCACUGAAUUGUAACCUGAUAUCAAAGCUUGCACUUGUUAUUAUUAAGAGAUUUAUCAUUCCAAGUACAUACCUUACUUAUGACUAUGUUUUAAGAUACUGUUUAGGUGAGCUAUGGUGAUCUUUGCAAUUGAGUAUUUCAUUGAUAGAAAAUUUGACAGUGUUGAUUAUUAUCUCAUGAUCUUCCACAAACACUUAUGUAUGGCUGUAAGUGGCAAUGAGGAGAUGGACAACUGAGUAUUAUUGAAGUGCUCAAACAAAUGCAUCCUCUUUCUGAGUAAUGCCACGUCCAAUACAUUCUAACCAUAACAGUGCACCCCCUCCACACUUUAUUGUACUGAGUUAUUACUGAAGUCUCCAAGCCCAAUGUCUGAAAUCAGUAGCCAUGUGCUCAGGUUCAGCACCAUCAGACAUGUUUUGCCAUCACAUUUUGGUGACAGUAAGAUGUCAUCUUGUCAUGUCCAAUAAUUCAUUCAUUUUCACUAUUAAGCACUUUUAAGCAUGUGGUUGACAUUGAAAUCACUCUCAUCAUGGCACAGGAUUCUGGAAACUAUAUCUGUAAACUUCAUUUGUUCAUUAAUGUUACCAGGAAUGUAUUGUGAACAUUCAAGUCCCACACUUGACUAACAAGGUGUUUUGAAGACAUUUAUUUGCCAGUCUCAAAAUUGUUUCACAGCAUAGAUUUAAAAAGAAAAGCAUGUAUGUAAACAUCCAGACCCGUGUGAAUAUCAUAUAAUUUUGUAAUGAGACCUUUAUCUGUUCCCUUUCUUUCCCCCUAAGAACUAUGAUUGAACCAAAGUAUGACAUCUUGCACUGAUGUUACUGGCUUGGUCAUUUGUGUAGCCAUUUGAAAUGGGAAAUAGCAUGCAGUCAUAUUAACAGUAGAAUUCUCUAAUACAUUCCCUUUCUUACUGUACCUUGAUACGACGAAAUGUAGUUUAAGUUAUGCAGUGUCCCUUGUUAAUCAUCCAGAAAAGUUAAGGAAAAUGAGUUGUAAAAUCUCAGUGUCGGAAUGGAGAAAAAAGUAUUCAUUUCAUAUUUCAGAAUAUCUUUGCACCAUAUGAAUCCCCAAAGCAAAUUAAGAGUCGCAAUAGUUUUGGAAGAGCGAGGAUUUGUUAGUAUGGUAAAUGAAUAUGAAUGUUAAAUAUCUACUUGAAACUUUUAUGUCAAUAAUUGUAUCAAAGGUAUCAAGUGACAACAUGCUGCACAACAUUAACAACAUGUGGAGCUAGACAGUGUUAUUGCGACAGUACAAGACUUUACCUUUGUUCAUCAAAUUGACAGAGGGUUAAUGACUUCAUUAUGCGCUUUAUUUCAAUGAUUUUAAUAUGAACACAAGACUUUUUCUUCUUGAUCAGUUUAUGAUGAACCCUGUCACUCUUUUUGCACCCAGUAUUUCAUUGAACACUCAUAAAGAUUAAGACAUCUACUUCACUAUUUGGAUAAAUCAUGGUUGCGCUCAUACUGAAACAACUAGGCAAAUAUUGGUGACACGUUGAUGUGAAUAUCUUGAGUGAACAAUUGAAGUGUCUGUCUGUGAAGGCAUGAAUCAGUGAUCAUGGUUAAGUCAAACAUGAGAAUUAUUUCUACAUUUCAUUUGUCAUCGUGACAUUACUUUGGUAGUGGAAUGGGGGGUAUCUGAUUGGGAAGAAGUGUUGUCUCGUCCAAAUAUUGCCAUUUAUUUCAGGAAAAAAUUGAUGGCUGUACUGUGAAAUGCAGGUUGUCUGAGUUGUUCCCUGCAGAGUAAAACAUGACCGUCUACCUACAUACCCAACUGUAGUUUGACAUGCAUCAUAUUGACGGAUUUAUUUCUGCAUUUUAAAAAUAACCUUUCAUUGUUUUUCAGCAAUUUAAAUUUUCAUUUUCUAAAUUUGAAAUAUUUGAUAUUAAUGUCUAACUUGUUUAAGGUAAGUAAAAGAAAUAAAAAGUAAACAUUCUGAUUAAGAUAAUAUCUGAGAUAAAGUGUUUAUUUGACUUUUAGGUUGGGGUCUUUUGGUAAUCUGAGCCUGAAUGUUUUGCAGGUGUGUUGUCCAGGAUGAGGAUGAAGAUGACUAGCCCAACCUGCUGCUAAACCACAGUCUGAUCUGAAUGCACACAUGGUCUAAGUCACUGGCCGAGUUAAGUGUCUGGAACUGCAGUAAUAAGCGAGAUUGAGAAAAUGAAGAAGAGAACCUACUUGAUGAAUAGGAUGCCACUGGUUUCAAGUCUGGGCAAAGAUGCAAAAAAACAUUUUCAUCUUAAUACAUGAUCAACAUUGUUGAAAGAAAAUUAUGAAUAAAUGUUUAUUUUCUGAA